UUUCCUCUUCUACAACAUUUAAGACCAGUAGCCUUAGAGACUCAAAGCACUGUCUGUUUGUUUUCAGCCAUGAUGAAUCUAAUAACAGCCUUUCUGCUAAUGAUCCUAAUAGGACACAGCACAUCUGACUAUACACUCGUCUGCCCCUAUGAGAAUACGAAUAUAUCUCAGAACAGAAGGGUGUGGUGCAAAAGAGACGUCCAGGAUGAAAACUGCUGUACCGGCUUCUCAUUCCGGCCAGGCACCAGUAGUUUGGAGGAAGGCAUAGAAGUGCAAGAUGAUGGAAAGUCUUUUACCAUCUCCAUAAAGACACUCACACAUGGAGAUGGAGUCUACUGGUGUGGGUUCAUGACUGCAGACCAGAUCAUUGUUAAACUGGCCGAGGAUUACUUUGCCCAAUUUAACUUUGUUUGGUCCAUUCUCCGUUGGAUUUUAUUUCUUUUGCUUCCUUUGAUGACCAUCUCAUUUCACAUAUAUUCAAACAGGAAACAUGGAGAUGCAAAGACAACAUAAAUACAAUGAAGUCUGAUGCCUAAGAAAGGAGGCGUAAGGACGAGGCAGUCACAUUUAAUGAAGAAUAAAGAAAAUAUGGUUGAACAUGACCUAAGCCGUCAGCUGUAAAUGAACAAUUUCUAUUGUUGUUAUUCUUUCUAAAUAAGUGUUUUUUUUUUACAGAAAAGUUCACAAUGGCAGCAUGACUAUAUUCAACCCCAAUAUUUAAAAUGAAAAUAAGUUAUAAUUGUGUUCUGUUUAUGUAAAUUCAUAUAAUAAGUAAAGAACAUUUGCUAUUGCAUUUAUCAUUCAUUUAAAAGUUAUGGUUGUUUUGUUCUAGUUACUGUUGUUGUUUAAAACUGUUUUGUGAUGUUUUCCUCCUUUUAAUAAUAUUCUAGAGCUUAGAAAUCAUAUUUCUUAAUAUACUGUAUAAAAAACAAAAGUCAUUGCCACAUUGUGUAACAUAUAAAGCAUCAAUUAACAAUUUCUAACACAAUUUUGAUGUAAGAAUAUAUAAUAAACAUUGUCUAUAUCAGUGAGUCGACCAAAGUGCCGUCUUUACUAACUUACUUUGAUUAUUAACUUAAAAACAAGUGAAAUUUACAAUACAGCCAUGCUGAAAAUAUAAGAAAAAACUGACCCAGUAACAUUGCAAAUAUAUUACAGUCUUUUUGUAUUGAAUUCAUUUUCAAGCAACAGCACAGUUUCAACCAAUCAUGAUUUCAUUGAAAAUUAGGAAAAACAAAUAAAAAGAAAAAAACAAUGUCAAAUGACAUAUACCUCACAGUUCUUUCUUGCAAUUUACCAUCAUAAAACGAUAAGGUAGACAAAAACAA